AUGCAUGAAAGAGAUGCUGGCGGUAUCAAGAAGCAGCUUGAUAUUGAAGUGGAUGGAGUAGAUGGAACAGUGGUUGGAAACAUCAAUAAGAAGGUGAUUUUUGUGUCCCAGGUAGCUGCUGCUGUUGCAGCAUUGCAUGAGAGAUUCUUACUUGAGGUAAAAAUUAAGGCCUUACGGCAUUCUCAACAGGCUUCUAGAUAUCAGCGAAUGAUUGAGCAUGCUGAUAUAACCAAGAAAGCCAAUGAGGAGCGAGAAAAACGUCCUGAUUACAAACCUAUCAUAGACCACGAUGGGCUUCCUCGGCAGUGGUCAUCUAAUCAGGAAACGGGCAAGGCAAAGACCAGAGAGGAACUAUUGGCUGAAGAAAGAGAUUACAAGCGCAGAAGAAUGUCAUAUCGUGGCAAGAAGUCAAAGCACAAUAUUUCUGAGGUGAUGAGAGAUAUAAUAGAGGAUUAUAUGGGGGAAAUUAAGCAAGCUGGAGGUAUUGGAUGCUUCGAGAAAGGUCCUCAUAUUGGGGUUCAAUCAAAUGAAGUACCUUCAUCAUAUGAAAUUCCAGCAAAUGGCACCUUUGAGUUGUGUUAUGAACCUGAAGGGUACCCUGUUUAUUCUCAGAGAGGAUUAAGGACUAAUCAUGAUGUCACAUCUACUUCUAAUGUCAUUGGGGAUACUUAUUCUGAACAUGGAAAGUCUAAAAGAAGCUAUUCUCAUGACAAUCAACGUAAGAGUACUGGGGUGUACAAGCGUGAUAGAUACUAUUAUUCCCGAAGUCUAGAAAGGAAUGCUCAAAGUCUUUCACAUAAGAAUACCUAUUCAUAGGAUAGAAAGAGAAGAUGCAGAACUGACCAGAGAAAAACAUCAAGAGAUCAAAAGGUAAUACACCUGUAGAUCCCACCGAGGUGAGGACAGAUCAUCUUCUAGAAGUGACGUAGGUGGCAAUGACUGGAAUCGAGACUCCAGAGAUAGAAGGCGGCGAGAGGCUCAUGGAAGGCAUAAUUCAGAUGUCGUGCUUCAUGGUUUUGAUGAUAGAUAUAAUCCUUCCAAGUCAGAUGACCUAUCUGAAGUGUAGACGUUCAUGCUGGUAAAUGAAGUAGCCGCUAGAAUGAGGUUAAUAUUGAAAUACCAAAGGAAAAUAACCUUUUUAAGACAUUCUUACGAGGUUCUCUCCUUGUCAGGUUAUCAUCGUCUACCUCGAAAAUGAAUUUACAACUCACAAAUGCCAUGUGGUGCAGCUGCUAAGUUUCUUUGACAGGUGAUGCGGAGAAGCUGCAGUGACUCAUUUCUUUCU